AACGUCGGGGUUGGGUUUCAGCCCUGUCGAGCUGAGAUCUCGCGAUUGAGAGAGCUUCGGUAGUCCCAUCAGCGAUUCCGCAUUUCGUUCCCCCAUCCGCGCCUAAAGCGCGAAAAAAGAUUCCCAUCAGAAGUUUUCCGCCAUGGCGCCGCCAUGGCGUGGAUCACGCCGAGCGUGACUCCACCCUGGGCGUUCCUCACCCACCAGCCAUCAGAACCUCCAUCGAAGCGCAUCACAGCUUCCUCCGCUCCCUGCCUUCGUUGCAUCGCCACGCCUUACCACGCAUCACUGCUUCUCUCGCUGCGCUGGACAGAGUCUCUCACUCCCCACCCGGACUCGCUACGAUUUCACGUUCACCAUCGUCGAUUUCCUCUCCUGUGGUUCUAAAGUCGCCGCUCGUAUGAGGUAGCGCUUUGAGUCAGCGUUCCCCUUCGUCUAAUAUAGGCCAUGGAUCCCACUCGUGGAACGGACGCUCCUGUCGCUGCUCACAGUUCCUUUGAUAAACUCCCUGACGAUAUACUUGUUCACGUAUUUCGGUGCGUCGAACAAGGUUUAAUCUCCUCACCACUGCAACCGCCGAUGGCGUCAGCAUCAUCACCAUCGGUAUCUUCCAGCACCUCCUUCUUCUCCUUCUCCUCCUCCUCCUCUUCCUCCUCCCGAGGCACCCUCGCGCUCGUGAGUCGCCGGUGGUUUCGACUCGCGUACGGCACGAUCACGUCGCUCGACCUCUCGCGCUGGCAGGGAAUCUCCGCCUCGCAGUUCGUCAGCACCGUCAGCCUCGCGCCCAAUCUCACGUCUCUUCAGGUCGCCCUUUCCGGCACAGACCUUAUCACGGACGCUUUCAUCGCGCUGAUCGCACAAGUGUGUCCCCGCCUCGAGCGCCUAUCGCUGUUCGACAACCUGCGCUAUGGUGGUGCUGAGCACCGCGUGUGGACGUCCGACGGGCUCGACUCGCUCUUCCAGAGGUGCACGCUGCUGAAGGAUCUCUCGCUUGCCUGCCCGCCCUCCGUCACCCAUCUCCCUGCAAGCAUUUCCCAACUGGCUGGACUCGAGCGGCUCCAGAUAUUCUCAAGGCUCAUUGUCAACCUGCCAGAGGAGAUCGGAGGGCUGCAGGCGCUGAAGGCCCUCCACGUGAACGCACCUCGUCUCACAGCUCUGCCCGACAGGCUUGGCGACCUUUCCAAGUUGCAGGAGCUGUCGCUCGAAGGCUGCUCGGAUCUGACAUCGGUACCUGAGGCAGUCGGGCAGCUCCCAAAGCUGCGUGCAUUUCACAUUGUGGAUAACGGUUUCAGGGCUCUGGAGCUGCCAGCGUCCCUCACGCUACUGUCCUCUCUCGAGGAACUGGAGGUGGGCGUCCACCUCCAGCAGCUGCCGGAGGACUUCGGAAAUCUGAUUAAUCUGCGAAUGAUGGAGCUGAGAUGCCCUGAGCUCACCCACCUGCCCUCCUCUCUGCUGCAACUCUCGCUUCUUGAACGCCUUGUGAUAUCUGGAGGGCAGCAGAUGGUUUCUCUGCCCGAGACCAUAGGGCAGCUGCCAGCACUCAGGGAGCUCCGUAUCUCCUGCUUGAGCAAUCUCCAGACCCUUCCCGAUUCCAUUGGCCAGCUGCAGCAGCUGAGAUCGCUCACAAUCGAUUGCUGUGGUUCGCUCCGCGUGCUGCCAGAGUCCCUGGUGCAGCUAAGUGCCUUGGAGACACUCGAGAUUGUCUACUGCGAAAGCCUCUCCUCCCUCCCCGGAGGCAUCCACCUCUUGACGAGUCUUCAGCAGCUGGAUCUCUGCGAGUGCCCAAGAAUCCGUGAGCUGCCUGACAGCAUCUCCCUCUGCAAAGCCCUUGAGUGCGUUUCCAUAGAAGAUUGCCGCGCUCUCACAAACAUUCCUCGAGGGAUUCGGCACCGGGUUAUUGUGGAACGCGAAGGGGAAACCAUUGAGGAUUGGUAGGAUGGAGGAUCGGAUAAGGUUGAGCAGGGAGGCAGGCAGGGGGGAGGUGGUGGAGGCGGCAGGGUUCCUCAGAAUGUGGUGCUGCAGUGGGUGGUGAUGCUGCAGUGGAUGGUGGGUGGUGCUGUCUACAGUCUACAGUUGUAAAUCGUAGUUAGUUACAGAAAUAUUUCAUUUCAUUUGGUGCCUACACAAUGGGAUUCUCCUUGGUCUGUGUAUGCCUUGCCUUACUGGAUGCAGUGUACCUUGUGUCAAACAUAUCCUUGU